AAUCCUGAACAGUGUUUCGAAUUAUUGUAUUCGCGAGAAUGCGAUUUCAAGGCAUACUUUUAAUUUGUAUGUUCUGUUUUAGUUUCGGAGACGCUCGAUCGUCUCCGAACGUUGAAGUGGUGAGAAGACUUUUUGGUAACGACAGAGGCGCCCGUUAUUCUAAUAAUGUAAUCGAAGAUGCUGAAUUGGAUGUGCCCGACCUAAUCAGGAAAUAUGGCUAUCCCGUAGAAGUUCAUCACGUGUCCACCCCAGAUGGUUAUAUCCUGGAAAUGCAUCGUAUCCCUCAUGGACGAUAUGCGAACAACAGACCUAAUAGUAAAAAACCUGUCGUUUUCCUGAUGCACGGUCUGCUCUGUUCCUCAGCUGACUGGGUGAUGACAGGCCCUAAACUUGGACUGGGUUAUAUUCUAGCUGAAGAGGGAUAUGAUGUUUGGAUGGGUAACGCUAGAGGCAAUUAUUAUUCCCGAAGACACAUUUCUUUAAACCCAGAUAGCUUCAUUAGUACUCAAUUUUGGAAAUUUUCUUGGGACGAGAUAGGAAACAUAGAUUUGCCCGCUAUGAUAGAUUUUUCACUGAGGAGAAGUGGACAAAAAAAAUUGCAUUAUAUUGGGCAUUCUCAGGGAUCAACUGCCUUCUUUGUGAUGACAUCAUUACGUCCGGAGUAUAACCAGAAAAUCAUAUCAAUGCAAGCGUUGGCACCUGUAGCGUACAUGGGUCACAACAAAAAUCCUUUAUUGCUAGCUAUAGCACCAUUCGCCCAUGAAUUAGUGACUUUAGCAUCAUUAAUAGGAAUUGGGGAGUUCUUGCCGAACAGUAGGGUUUUCACUUGGGCAGGACAAACCUUUUGUAAGGAUGAAGUUGUGUUUCAACCUAUAUGCAGCAACAUUCUUUUCUUGAUCGGUGGAUGGAACGAACAACAGCUCAACACGACUUUACUGCCCGUGAAAUUCGGUCACACUCCCGCUGGUGCUGCAGCAAGACAGUUGGCUCAUUAUGGUCAAGGAAUUGCCGGAAAGGAAUUCCGUCGUUACGACCAUGGUAGUAGACUAGCAAACAGAAGAGCCUAUGGAACUAGCACUCCGCCAAAGUAUGACUUAUCGAAAGUGACCGCACCCGUGUUCCUUCAUUAUUCCGACAAUGAUCCUCUCGCCGAAAUCGAGGAUGUUGAGAUAUUGUAUAGAGAGCUCGGAAACCCAGUAGGAAUGUUCCGGGUGCCCUUGGCGACAUUCAACCAUUUAGAUUUCUUGUGGGCCAUUGACGUUAGGACUUUGUUAUACGACACUGUCAUCUAUUAUAUGAAAACAAUGAACGAGGACGCUUAAAUAGUUUUACAUUUAUGAAAUAAUUUUGUUAUUUUUA